GGCCUGACUGCCAUUGAAAAAUAAAAAAGAUCAAUAGCAUUCCAGCUUUUCUUGUAGAUUUCCAAACCUCUCUCUCAUUAUACAAUAUGGUAGACGUCCAUACAUUAGACGGACAUGUUCCAACUUAUCCUCGCUCUGAAGGCUUGAUCGAAACCGAUGUCGCUUUACCAGCCCCACAUCUACAAUCCUCGACUGAUCGUAGUAGUCUGCCUCAUGUCGGUUCGACCAAUGAACCUGACUACUUGCAGAUGAUCAUGACAUCCCGGGUAUACGAUGUUGUUCAGCAGACUGCUCUUCAGCGUGCUGACAAUCUCAGCGCUAAGCUCAAUGCCAACAUCUACCUCAAGCGGGAAGAUUUGCACUCGGUUUUUUCGUUCAAGAUUCGAGGAGCUUAUAAUAGAAUUGCACACCUUUCGGAAGAAGAAAAGGCAGCGGGUGUUAUUGCAUGUUCAGCAGGUAACCAUGCUCAAGGUGUUGCACUAGCGGCAAAAACAUUAGGCAUAAAGGCUAAAAUUGUCAUGCCCGUACCAACACCAGCUAUCAAGUGGCGCAAUGUUAAGCGACUGGGUGCCGAGGUGAUUUUGCAUGGAAACGAUUUUGACGAAGCCAAGGCCGAGUGUGUUCGUUUGACCGAGAAAUACAAGCACACCAACAUCCCACCUUACGAUGACCCAUAUGUGAUUGCUGGCCAAGGCACAGUCGGUCUAGAGAUUUUGCGACAAAUGGAUCCUCAAAAAAUACAUGCUCUCUUCAUUCCCGUUGGUGGCGGAGGGUUGAUUGCUGGCAUUGCUAGUUAUGUUAAGAGAAUUGCUCCACAUAUCAAGAUUAUUGGUGUUGAGGCUAAUGAUGCCAACGCAAUGACCCAGAGUCUUAAGGCGGGUAAAAGACUGGAAUUGAGUGAAGUUGGCUUAUUUGCCGAUGGUGCGGCUGUCCGCUUGGUCGGCGAAGAACCUUUCCGACUUGCCGAAAAGCUGGUGGACGAUAUGAUCAAUGUAACCAACGAUGAAAUUUGUGCAGCCAUCAAGGAUGUCUUCGAAGAAACCCGAUCUGUCUGCGAGCCAACCGGUGCACUUGCUUUAGCUGGUAUCAAGCGAUAUCUUCAUCUCCACCCAGAAUCUCGAGAAGGUGGGCUUGUGGCCAUUGUUUCAGGCGCAAACGUCAAUUUUGAUCGUCUGCGCUUCAUUGCGGAUCGUGCGCAGCUCGGUGAAUUGUCUGAAGCGUUCUGCAAUGUUAUCAUUCCCGAAAAGCCUGGUAGCUUCAUCAACAUGAUUAAGCAUGUCAAUCCCAGAUCCAUCACAGAAUUCUCUUACCGAUACUCGGACCCUGAACAAGCUCAUAUCUACAUUAGCUUCAAAGUACAAGACUUGGAAGCAGAAUCCAAAGAAGUCCUGGAUGGCUGGAAAUCUGAGGGCAUGCAUGGUUGGGACGUCAGCCAUAACGAACUCGCAAAAACCCAUGCUAGAUACAUGGUGGGUGGGCGUCAUAGUGUUCCAAAUGAGCGCAUCUUCCGUUUCAUCUUCCCAGAACGCCCAGGAGCUACCCAGAAAUUCUUGGCAGGUCUGGCUUCUGAAUGGAAUGUAUCUCUCUUCCACUAUCGCAAUCAUGGAGACGAUAUGGGUAAAGUUUUAGUUGGCAUUCAAGUGCCACCUGAAGAUAAUGCGGCAUUUGAUCGUUAUCUGGAAGAACUCGGAUACAACUAUGUUGAAGAAACUCAUAAUGUCGUGUAUGAAACGUUUUUGAGAGCGUAAAUUGUUUUUGUUCGCUCCCCAUUAAAUAUAAUAGAAAUGGAGAUCUGCAGUUUUGGCCUAUCACUUUGUGGCGUAUGUGGCGGAGACCAUUAUGAGAGUGGUAGAAAUUACUAAAAAAGUCGCAAGCUGUUUUUGCCUGCUG